UGUCCACCAUGGGCUCGCCUAUGAACGGCCUGGCCUCACCUUACUCCGUCAUCACCUCGUCUCUGGGUUCGCCCGCCGUAUCGCUGCCAUCCACGCCCAACUUGAACUUCGGACCGCUCGGAAGUCCGCAGGAGUUGGCUCCUUCCAAAUAGCUGAAGGAGUUGCAGAGCUGUCUGGCUGUUGUCUGGAGGAGCGAAGUUGUCCUACGCAAUAAGCUAAGACAAAUUUAUUGAAUCUAAAGUGACAAAAUGACUCUGUUGGACAAAAAUUAUCAUGCACAGCAAUGCCGAAUAGCCAGCUUUAAAGGUGUAUUAUGCAAAUUUUUCACUAUUGAAAACAGCUCCCAGGUGUCUUAUGAAGAUGUCUGUCAAUUUCCUAUCAAAAUACAUUAGCAUAGCAUCCAAUAUAUAUAUCCGUGUUUUAAUCCUUUAAGUUAUAGAUAUUUGAACACAAACGGUGGAGCAACACAUGUAGACAGAUACUAUAGCAAUUCUCAGACAUAUAUUCUUUAUCCUCUGCAAAGAACGACUAAUAUUACUGCAGUUUUUUUAGGAGCUGUGACCAUAUAUGUCCGUAUGCCUGUAUUAUACUGCUCCCAGGUGUGUUGUAGGAACAGCCAAAUUGUAAAGUAAAAUAUUAUUCUUCUUUAAAAAAAAUUGAAGCGGAAAGAUGGUUUGAGAUUCAAGUGUUUUGAGGUAUGAGGCACCACUGUAGCAACAAAUCUAGUAUUGGCGACAUCUGCAAAUUGAAUUUUUCACUCUUAGUUUAUGAAUCUAAGCAAUUGGAAAAGUGCAGAAUCACAUUUCACGCACAUGCUGCUCUAUGUUCUUCGUAGCUUGUAUUGCAUAAAGAAUGUAUGACGCAUCAAUAAUCCAAUAAAAGGCGUUUGUCUCUGUUAGAAGCAUGUUUUUAUGUCUGGAGCUGAAUUAACAUUUGAGCAGCAGUUUAGAGUUGUAUUGUGUACACAUGUGACAUUAAUUAUGAGUGAAAUCUGUGGCCGAGUGCGCUGAAGAGCACUAGCUGGUAAAGGGGGCGGGGUGGAUGCUCAUUUAAGUACAAGUGUCUGCCUUGGGGGUAUGUGCGGAUGGCGACCAUGCAGACGGAAAGCUGACAGGAAAGAAUCCCACGCAUGCUCGUCUCAGCAGGAAGGUCACCACCUAGAGGUCUGUGAUGAGUCCACCAUUAGGCAAGCGUCGGAGGAGAGUGCACAUUGUAAAUAAGUGAUAGGAAAAGCCUGAGGUGACUGAGACGUGGGUCGUUUAUGACACACCACAUCAAAUAUAGACAGGGGGGCAUUUGUCGGUCAACGUUUCCAGCUGUGUUGCAGAUGUUUCCACAAAAACAUUAAAAAAAAAAUUUUUUUUUAAAUGCUGCUUGGCUCUUGUCAGCAUAAGGGGAUCAGAGGACCGAAUUCUGACAAUGAAAAUACAAAAAAAACUGUAUUGUUCCAAAUUUAUUCAAAUUUCCCCCAUGUGAUUAAAUACUGUGCAAUAUGCAAUAAUAAUAAUAAUAAUAAUAAUGCAUUACACCUACUCACUGCCUAACUAUAAAUAAACUAUCAAUUGUAGGGGAUAUUAAUAACAAAUAUCUAAUUAAUUAGCGGCUUUGUAAUUAUUUAAUCUUGAUUCAUUGCAUUUUUAUAGUGUAAAAAUAUUUGCCCUACAAAGCAACUUGGGUUAAUUUAAAAAGAUUUUAGUCAACUACUGAAUCAAAUAAUUGACACAGACAGGAAUAUUGUUAACUCUGAAAAAAUGCAUUGAAUUGCAUUUCAAUAAUUUUUUUAACUCACUUUAACUUUUUGUAAUUAAUUAAUUGAGAUUCAUGUGUUAAGGUUACUCUCCUAAUAAAGAGUUUCAUAAAAUAAAAUGUCAAAAUCACUGCUGUGUGAAGGAUGAAUUAAAAAAAUAUCAUAUUGCAGUUGCAUAAUCUCUUUUCAAUGGUGAUGUGAAAUUUUGCAACGAUACUUUAAAGUGAGCUAAUGUAUGUGCAAAAGUCAAAGCUUUACUCAAUAGCUCUCAAGAGACCUUCUCCAACCCUUCAAGAUGCAUAAAUUCAUGUUAGCGCCUCCUUCUGUCUCUGCUUGAGAACUACACAUCCUGGCGACCAUGUGACUGGCCUCAUGUGCCUCUCCCAGACUUAGAAACAUUUAGAAACCUGCAUGACAAGCCUCAGCGAGAACACUCAGCCCUCCCACUGAGCAGAUGAACUCUAUGAACAGUGUUAGCAGCUCUGAGGACAUCAAGCCUCCGCCGGGCCUGCAGAACCUGGGGAGCAUCAACUACCAGUGCCCGAGCCCGGGAGGGAUGUCAAAGCACAUCUGCGCCAUCUGCGGAGACCGCUCCUCAGGGAAACACUACGGCGUGUACAGCUGUGAGGGAUGCAAAGGCUUCUUCAAGAGGACCGUGCGCAAAGAUCUCACCUACACUUGUCGAGACAGCAAAGAGUGUCUGAUCGACAAGCGCCAGCGCAACCGCUGCCAGUACUGUCGCUACCAGAAGUGCCUGGCCAUGGGCAUGAAGAGAGAAGCAGUACAGGAAGAGAGGCAGCGUGGGAAAGAGCGUGGGGAGAACGAGGUAGAGUCGACCAGCAGUUUCAAUGAGGAGAUGCCCGUGGACAAGAUCCUGGACGCCGAGUUGGCGGUGGAGCCCAAAACGGAGACGUGCCCCGACGGCAGCCCCGGCAACUCAACCAACGACCCCGUCACCAACAUCUGCCAGGCAGCAGACAAGCAGCUCUUCACUUUAGUGGAGUGGGCCAAGAGGAUCCCCCACUUUUCAGAGCUCCCCCUUGAUGACCAGGUCAUCCUAUUACGAGCAGGUUGGAACGAGCUGCUCAUUGCGUCCUUCUCUCAUCGCUCGGUGACGGUGAAAGACGGCAUCCUGCUGGCCACGGGCCUCCACGUGCACAGGAGCAGCGCCCACAGCGCUGGAGUGGGCUCCAUCUUUGACAGAGUCCUGACCGAGCUCGUGUCCAAAAUGAAGGAUAUGCAGAUGGAUAAAACCGAGCUGGGCUGCUUGCGAGCCAUUGUCCUCUUUAACCCAGAUGCGAAAGGCCUGUCCAACCCAACGGAGGUGGAGGCACUGAGAGAAAAGGUCUAUGCAUCACUGGAGUCCUACACCAAACACAAAUACCCGGACCAGCCAGGUUCGCCAAGCUGUUGCUCCGCCUGCCAGCGUUGCGCUCCAUCGGCCUCAAGUGCUUGGAGCACCUUUUCUUUUUCAAGCUCAUCGGGGACACGCCUAUCGACACGUUUCUCAUGGAGAUGCUGGAGGCGCCGCAUCAGAUCACAUGACCCCUGUCAAAUACCCCCUCUUGUAAAUAGCCCUUGUCAGCAACAUAGCGAUGGAUUGGGAGGAGAAAAGGACACUGACAUUGUAAAGUUGAAUAUUUUAUAACAAUUUAAAACAACAACAACAUUGUAAUUAAAUCCGAAACGCUAUUUCAAGGCUGCAGUGAGGACUGACUACAAGCGUCACAGUGAAUUUCUUUGUAAAUAGAACAUUGCCGGUGUCUGUUUUGAAAGCAAACGCUGUGCAUUUGAGAAGCAAUCAGAUUUUAUUCAUAGAGUAAUUGUAUAAAACAAAAUUUCUUAAAACACAUUUGAAUAUUCUUACAGAAUAAAGUUAUUAAGAAAUA